CUAAAAUGAAAAAUUGGUAAAGGGAACCAACAAACCUCGGAACAAGUGAAGUUAGCGAAUUCAUUUAAAAUGCUCCUGAAAUAAACGAACCCAAUCAUUUCAGUUUUCCAUUUUCCUCCAAAUGGCGACCUCUCGAUCCGGCGCCGGCGGUAAAAUUGUCACGAAUCGCCGGAAGCAGCGGCUUUCCACCACCCCUUACGAUCGCCCUCCACCCCAACUGUCACCACCUCCUCAGCCGAAAAGCCCUAAUUGGUUUACGGGCGUCGUUGUUCCGUCAGCUCGUUUCCUUGUUUCGGGCGCGGGGAAAAUCCUUAGUUCCAUCUUCUCCGACUCGGAAUCUUCAUCCUCUGAAGACGAUGAGUCCGCUUCAGAUGAUGAUAUAGGCAAUGAGAACCUUCAUGAAAUUCUCUAUAGUGGAGUUAACACAUCAAACGAGGAAUCUCAGUUGAAUACAUGGAGUAGUGACACUAAAUGGACUAUUGAGCAGCUUAUUUUGCAAGAGACUUUUUCAAGGGAAGAGUGUGAUAAGUUGAUAAAAGUUUUAAAUUCCCGGGUUACGGUAGCUGGAGAGAAAAAUUUACCUGCUGAGAAGACGGUUGACAAUGAAGAUAUUGACAUGUACAGUAAAGCUAUUCAAGAAGCUAAGAAAUGGUUUCAAGAUAAGAAAGUAGGUUCAAGUUCGGUGGCAGAGUUGGCCCACGAGAUCAGUAACAUUAACUCUGGACAUGUGGAAACUGGAGGUGGUUCUCCGGUAGAUGUCGCUAGAUCCUAUAUGAAGGAUAGGCCACCUUGGACAUCUCCUACAAAAAGUGUUGAUUUAAGAACCCCGUUGAGGAGAAUGGAGCUUUUCAAAGAAGGAGCUUUGUAUUCGGUUGGCCAGGAUUCUCUCUCUUCAUCAAAUAAACGGAGUUCUAUCUCUGGAUCAUGGAAUAUUCUUGAAGAACUACGGCGAGUCCGCUCAAAGGCAACGGAAGAUAUGCUGCGCACCCCACCCUCCAAAGUCGAUCCAUUGUUUGCAGUUGGACAAAAUAAGGUGGACUCUUCAGGAGCUGGUCUAACAUUGUUUGGUAUGGGAGAGAAAAUUUCUGACACAGAUUCUUCAAGAGAAACUAAAAGAGCAGAUGCAGGAGUGAGUUCUGAACCUAACCCUGCAGGUCCAAGUCCACAUAGCACUAAUGGAGUCCCGUCGACUGAAAUGGCUGAAGCCGGCGAAAAAUUGAAUGCGAAUGAUCCAUCGCCAUCUCAGCCCAGCUUUCCUGCAGGGCAAAACUCCGAGAAACAUGAAGAAACCAAUAAUUCAUUUAACACUGAGAACGGCCACAAUUCUUCGGAUACUUUUAAUGUGGAAGGUGAGUUUGAGCUUCUGAACGAAGUUUACAUUGAGGUCCCCAUCAUAACUGAAACCGACAGCAUGGCAAUUGGGUCUCAGAACAGCUUGGGUUUGCAGUAUGAGGAACUGGCAUUAGAUACGGCUCAGCUGUACUCGGAGGAUGAGAAAGUGGCCGGAAAGCCACAAAUGAGAAAAUCGGGUAGGAACAUUCGAAGGGGCAGAGGAAGGGGUAAAUGAUGGGUGGGUGUAUUUAGUGCCGUGUUUUUAUUAUGCUUUGUACACUACUUUAGGAAGAAGUGUGCCUUUGUCGGGGUUUAGGAUCUCGCUUGUUUUUUCUUUUUUAUUUUUUUCCCCAUUUUUAUGUACUGUAGUCUUGAAAAAUUUACAGUAUUGGUGCGGUUAAUUUGUUAGCUGUUUUAUGUAGAAGCCAUGUGAUUCUUGCAAAGAGAGCGGCUUGUUGUCGUGUGUUUUUUCGAGAAACUGGCAUGGUGAGCUCUAUUUUAGUUGGAUAAUUUGUAGCUGUGUCAUAUUAGAUUCGACACUCUUGCUAAGGUCUUAAUUCGUAUGAUAACUGAACUCUCUCUCCCGUUCUACUUGUGUGCUGGCACCUUCGUUUGGGUUUAGCUUUUUUCCUUGGCAUCUUUAUCUGGUUUAGCUGUUGGGUACUUAGGCGACUUAGUUAGUUGCAACAUUUUAAAGCCUUUGGGGGGAUUUAGUGUAUUAUUAGUUGUGUAAACUAAAUAUCCUGCGAGUUUGGUGUCGAUAGUCUUGGCAAUUCGGACCUGCUAAUGAAAUGGAGUUUCUCGAUGCUACAUUUGGUUUGAUUGAAAC